UCCACUUCUCUGUUUUCACUCUUCUAUGAGGUCUGUCUCCACUUCUCAGCUUCAUCCUACCAAAUGAUUCUCCCACUCAAUCCAAAUUUGAGCUCCAUCCCACACCUCUCAACACAAACUCCAUCAAAAUUCACUUGUAUUCAUCAUCGCUGUUGCGCUACUCCAUCUCUUUCACUAACCCCUAGCCACAGCAGAAGGUGUGAUUUUUACGACUUGCACAACGAGCUGGUGCCCUACGCCGAGGCGUGGCGAUGGCAGAAAUCCAUCGUUGAAGAGAAGAAAGCGUUGAGUGAAAAGGACGAAGACUUAGCUGAAUCAUUGAUUAUUUUGCAGCACCAGCCUGUUUACACGUUGGGCGCCGGCAGUUCAGAUGAAUUUUUGAAAUUCGAUCUCAACGAUGCGCCUUUUGAUUUGUAUCAAACCGAACGCGGCGGUGAAGUUACUUAUCACGGCCCUGGUCAGCUAGUCAUGUACCCUAUUAUGAAUCUACGGCAUCACAAGAUGGAUCUUCAUUGGUACCUGAGGGCACUUGAAGAGGUGGUUAUCCGUGCUAUCUCCUCUGCAUUUGAUAUUGAAGCAUCACGCGUUGCAGGCUUAACUGGUGUUUGGGUUGGUAAUGAGAAAUUAGCAGCCAUCGGUAUAAAGAUAUCGAGAUGGAUAACAUAUCACGGUUUAGCACUUAAUGUGACGACAGACCUAAUGCCCUUUCAACGCAUAGUCCCGUGUGGGAUUAACGAUCGUCAAGUUGGAAGCAUAAAAGGUAUACUCCAGUCUCAAGGCAACAAAGAAGAAGACGAUGAUGAUGAUAGUGAAUUGAUCGAUAUUUCAUGUAAAUCACUGGUCACGCACUUUUGUGAAGUAUUCCAGGUAGAUCUCUGCGAAAGCUACACAAAAAUGGGGUUGGACAAAUCUAAGCUCUGUUAAUAAGAGUAGUUAGCUUGCAUGGUAAUCUAAGUCUCGCUCUACGUUUCCCCUCUAAUCAAUAGAUUGGUGGGACGGGAGUUACCUAGAGGUAUUAGUGUAUGUGUGUGUAGCUCUCUCUCUCAACCUGUAAACAAGAAUACAUCAUUUGAGAUUGUUUAACAAUUGAGACUUAGUCUAGAAAGGGCAUUUCGAUCA